ACACGCACUCCCCUUUCCGCCAUGAUGCUUCCGGGCAGGGCUGGCAGUGGCCGGUGACAGGCGCCAUUUUGGAGGAGGGCAGUGGUGGUGCUGAAGUCGACGCCUCGAGUUUUGUCGGCUGUGCUGUCCAGAGAGAGAGAGAGAGAGAGAGAGAAAGAGAAACUUGGUGGCGCGAGGAUUAUCCCCUCAGCGUUGGCAGCGGCUUCUUCUCGGGGUUCGGUAAAGUCCCUUCGCGCGGGUAACAAGGAACCGGGUCCCCUCCCCCAACGACGGAUACGGGCCUCCUUGUAUGAAAUUCACGAGAUUCUUCUGGCGGAGGCGGCUUGCUUAGGCCCGUAGCUAAUAGGCCCAACAAUAUUUACUCCUGAGGCCUGCCCUCUUCCUCCCCCGACUGUUCUUAUUCUUUCUCGAUUUUUCUUCUUUUUAACGCACCAUUCCUAUUUCCUGUAAGAGGUUGCCUUAUCAUAAUUUUAUUUAUUUUAUUUGUGGUUGCUUCCAAAUUCGCCCUGCCCCCGAAAGAUGCAUUUUCUGCUUCCUUUUGCUGUUCAUAUAAUUGGUGCACAUACUUCCGCUCUGCCCUCCCUGUCAUCCUUUUCCUGCUCUUCAAGGUUUGUUUAAAGAAUUCGGUUUAUCCUCACACUCCCCAGAUCGUUGGGGGCGUCUAGGAAAGGGCUAUAGGAUUAAGAUGAGAAAACUAGGGCAAAGUCAAUCUCAGGGUCCUGGAUUUUCAGGAUCAACGAUAAUAUUAGUAACAAUAAUAAUGCUUUAAAAACCCAUCUGACUAGUAAAAGCCCAGACCUGCCACUUCUGGCAGCGCUGAUACGAUACAACUGUUUGGCACUGCAUUCAGUAGAACAUAGAAAAUAGCAAAGCCAGCAGAUACAGUAAUUCUGGUUGUCUCUCUAGUUGACUAGAGUUCUUGUGCUACAGGAAUCUUAGAAACAGUGUCAAAGCAAUACUUUCCAAACAAAUUGCCAUUCUUUAGUGUACAAAAAUACAGCCCCUUACUGUCAUGGCAUUCAGUUGGUGACAUUUGAAGUUCAUUUCCAAAACAGAUUGUUGCCAUUGAUACAUCCUGUAGUUAACUGUUAGAUUUCAACUGUUAGAUUGAACUGUGCAUCUAGCAUGUUUUAGUAAUGUAAUGUCUUAGGGUAAAUAAUUUAGAAUGCAAUACUAAAAUGCUAUGAAAAACAGAACUGCCACUGUGUGGUAACGUUAGACUGCAUAGAGAUGACUAUUUUAGUGAAGACAUGCGCGCUUUUUGGUUGCAGAGGAUACAGAGUACCUUUAGUAACAAAAUAUCUAGGCAGUAUUUAUAGUGGGAAAUUAGUUGAUGAUUCUUCACACUGCAGACCUUUUGCAACUGAGGAAAGAGGAAGUUUAUUUUGUGUUUAUAUUAGAGUGAACUAGCUAUAACAACCUUUAUAAUAAACAUUUCUGAGUUCUCUGUGCAUUGGAUACAAAAUAAGAUUCAAUACCAAAUGUAGUCUGUAUGUUUCCCUAGUCUUCCUGAUAGGAGAAUAUGCAGCACUUUUAAUAGUUAAGACUCUACAGUUUCCUCUCAAUGCACAGUCUGGCACAAAUGGCGGUAAAAGGGACAGCACACCUCCCUAAAACUAAUGGGACGGAGGGCUUAAGGAGUAAGAGCAACAACACAGUUUAGAUAGCAUUUGUGUUUGCUGCAGAUUUACUAGUGAUUCCUGAAACAAAUGUGUAAAGUGUGAUGAAUAGACACAGAUCUGUGUACAGGUGCCAUGAUUGCAGCUAUCUGGUGCUUUGUAAAGAGGUGCUUAAAGAUAGAAAUCUUAGCAUGCCUGCAGCAAACACAAUUGUCGAGCUUCUCUAAAGGAAAGCCAUGCCACAAAAUACUAGUCCUGUCUAAAUAUAUAUAUAUAUUUAAAAAACCUGGGACCUAUAGGUCUAACCAUUUCUUGUUUGUAGAGAGCAGUACAGUAAAACAAGAUAUCUUGCCUGUUUCUAGAACAAAGACUUCCAUUGUCUAAAUUUAUUCUAAGUUGAUUUCACAGUACAUCUGGUGGGCUGUCGGCAAUGUAUGUAAGAAAAAGCAUCAGCUAUCUCAGCUGUGGCAAGCCACAUUCUAUCCAAAGACCAUCUUCAGUGCCAUCUCCAAGCAAAGCAUGCUGUUUAUUGAGUUGUAGCAAAAGACAAAAUGAGCUGUUUUAGGGAUGGUGACUAUGUCCUGUUUCACUCAUCUCCCUGGACAGUAGAACCCAGCAGCUUGGAAUGCAUCCCGCAUAUGCUGGCUCUACAGAGUUAUCUGUAUUAGUGUACUGUAACAAAAACAACAAGUUCUUGUGGCAUUUUAAAGACUAGCGAACAUAUUAUGGUAAAAGCUUUUGUGAAACAGAGCAACUCACUUUGUCAGAUAUUCAUAUUGGCAAUUAUGGGAUAGAAGAAUCAUUGGGCUAGUUUUCCAACAACUCCAGCAGGAAGAAAAGUGUGGAUAUGAGCAAGUUCUACCCAGGAAAAUCAGAGCUGUUUUAAAAGAUUUGCCAAAUAUAUUAAUCUCACAACUGUAGCUUCUCCAAUAAAUAGUAGCUUCUCACUUGUCUGGAGAAAGCACAACUUACUUGGAGAAGAUAAUACUGACCAACAGAUCCAUAUGCCAAGAAUUAGGAAAAAGACUUCUGCUGUAUGGAACUUUUCUAUACUCACCCCAGAAUGCCUAUUAAGCUGAAACAUCCUUUUUAAAAAAAUAGUAUCUGUGAAGAUAACUGAAGGAUUUGACAACAUCCUGCUGCCUCUGCACUGUUUCUAAUGGACUGUGUGUGACCAACAACUCUGAGUAUGCCAGUGAGAGGAAAUGGAAUAGCAGUGGAAUUUCUUUUAACACAAGUGAAGUUCUGCCUGUGACUUGAAUUGCUGAACUUAAAUAUUCUGGUCCAAGGCCCCCUUACUUUGCCUCUACAUGUUAAGAGAGAGCCUAUAAGCCCCAGUGCUUUUCCUAUCAAGACUGUCUAGCACCCAUCAUUGAAAGAAGGUUGCAGAUGAAAGAAACGAACCUGCUGUCAAAUUUGUGGUUGAAGACAUGCAACUUUUCUUUCUUUUUCAAAGGUUUAUCUAAAUGGGACCAGGGUAUUGGUUGCAAUAUAACUUAUUUUUCUACAGUGUCACUGCCUGUUUUCUGCAGUGCUGUGGAAGGAUGGGUUUUCUUGGCUCUGGAGAAAGCUAGAAGGGGGCUAAAGUUCAUUUAGCUUUUCACAUGUGCAACAUCCAUGGACUUCCUGAAGAUGAUGGUCUACUGAGUAUUUUUGGAACGAGGUCCUAUUCCAGUCCAUAUAGUGCUUCCAGUUUUAGAAAGCACACAAUAUUGUGAAUAUUGCAAAAGAUUGUUUAGCAGCUAGUAUUUUGUGAGAAUUAAAUAACUGGCAUGUGGCUUUUCCUCAUUUCCUCACCCCUUCAUUAUUUCUGGAUAAAGUCUCUAAGAAGUGGGCAUGUGCAGUGAGAGGUGCCAAUCUUAUCCAUGCACCAUGUACUGGUUCCUGUGAGCACAAAAGCCCUGAGGAUAUUUUAACAGAUGCUAGAGCAAGUUGUCACUGUGUCAGCCAGUCAGUUAAAAUGUAUCAAAUAUUGCAGGAAUUCCAGCUUCUUAACCAUCUUAAAAUAUAGCUACUCAGUGAAUGUCCACUUCUUAGUCCUGCUGCAGUGGCUUAUAAAAUAGGCAAAAAGCAGCCCAGGAGGCUGGCUAGGGUUCUCCUAGCCCAGACUCUAACCACUUGUGUGUGAGAGACAUCUUUGAGAUUUUAUAUCUGAGUCGUGCUGUCCAUCCCUCAACUUGCAGAACGUGGAAAAAGAUUUUAGUAUCAAAUUUGCCACUAUAGGUUUUACCUAGUGGAUGGUGUGUUUGUUAGGAUGGAAACUUAUUCUUGUCUGAGUACUGUGCUCAGGAUUGAGUGUUACAUCUUGGCCAUUAAAAUCCUUCCUCUGAGAAAUAGCAUUUUCUAUGCUACCCUUGCAGUACAAUCCUGUGCAUACCUACUCAGAAGUAAGUCCUACUGAGUUCAGUGGGACUUACUCCCAGGUGAGUGUAUAUAAGAUUGUAGCCUCAAAGUACAAACGUGCAAAAAUUAUAAAUGCAUUCUUGUUGAGCCAGUGUCUGAACUACAGCUCUUAAGUCCUUUUCCUAUUAAGUCCUAAUCAUAAGGCUAUUCACGGACUUUUAUUGCCUCUACUUCAAAUGGAAUUGCUCUAUUGAAUCCUUUAGCUACAGCAAAAACCAGAAUGUUUCAAAGAAAAGAUUUUAGGUGGCCUUGUUUAACAAAAACCCUCCAAUAUAUUGACAAGGAAAGCUGAGAAAUUGGCAGACAUUGACUCAAGUGAUCAUAAAUUACCUCAACUGCCUUUUACCUUGCUCUCUGAAUGUCAGCACAACAAAUCUCUUGAUCUCUGAACAUAAGGUCAGUUGAGAUUUUGACAAUAGUGAACAGGUUCCUAAGAUAAUCUUGAGAAGUCUUUGUAUACUCAUAUCUGUUCAGGCCUUCAGCAUGUAUGGUGUUUACACCAUGCAAUGAAUUGGAGAGGUAAUCAACAGAAUAGUGACUGUAAUUUCUGUUCCGUGCUUCAAAACAAUUUGAAUUGCCAAUGAAAAUGCUGCUCUUUACUGUCCAUCAUUAACCCCAACUGGUUUAUCACCUUCAAUGUAUCUUGCAGACACACACUGUCGAUAUCCUCAGUGAGACAGGCAUGUUAACUGUCUGCUUGAUAGUCAGUGGUAGGAAGAUGAUGUGACACCAUAGGAACAGAGGAAUUAGAAUCUGAAAGUUUCUAAUCCUGUGCUUAAACCUUUCAGUUUAGAUUGCUAGAAGUAGCACUGCAUUUUUUCAUUUAUGCUCAAAAGUCAGCCAACCAUCAGUUGGCUUUUGAAAAGCUUUUGUAUAAUCUGAACACAAAACUGUUCAGUCUUAUCAAGAGUGUCAGUGCCAUCUUGAGAAUAUAAUAGGUUUCAAGUACUACUCCAGUUAUCAGAGUACACCAGGGCUACACCCAUUAUUUUUGCAGGAGAAGAAUGCAGGAAUCAUUAGUCUAAUUUUCUUAACUACUUUCUAAAAAUAGUUGUGGUUCUUAUAUAGUAGUGAAAGAGAUCAACAAUUCUUGGCUUUCACCUGUAUGCUACCACAGUGUAAUAUUGAGUGAAGUAAAUAAUGAUAUAUUCUCAGAGUUGGAAGUGCAGUUACUUACUUAAACCAUGCCAGAUAAUAUACAAGCUGCAUUAUUACAUAUAUUUAAACUGGGGUAUGUAGUUGAAUGAACCAAACCUACGCAUGCCAUAUGUAAGAACGGAAAUGUACUUUGUAUUGGGGGGGAGGGGUUGUAAAAAAAGUUGCAGAAAGGAAAUACCUUAACUUAAAUUUACUUCAUAUGGCAGAUGUAUUCGAACUCCCUUUUCUUCCAGAUUGGAGACAUAAGUUGUAAAACCUUUUUUUUAAAAAAAAAAAGUUUUUUAUUUUAAUUUAUUAAACCAUAAUUUUUAAAAAUGUAUUUUGAUUGAUACUUAGUAAAAUUGAAUUGUGACUGUAGGAUUAAUAUGGCAAAGAGUGAAUUAUGCAAAAGAGAGGUAUUGUGAAUUUGACAGAAUCUUUUGCCUUGUUGCAGAAUUGAUCAUGCUUGAUCACUAAGAUUUAGUGAGAGCAAAUCAACUUUGAGUCCAACAAAAUGGGGGAGAGAAUCUAAUAAUGAAAAUUAAUUAUUGUAGAUUGCUGAUUUCUUUAAAAUAUUAUAAAUCCCCCUUGUAUUCAAUUCAACAUGGACAACUUUUUUUUAAAAAAAAUCUCUAUUUUAGAGUUGGGGGGGGAAAUUACCCAGAAAAUAAACUAGCAUUUGUGUGAAUAAAAGGUUCCAGCCUUUUACUCUUCAAUUGUAAGAAAUGAUACAUACUCAAAAUGACAUUUGAAAGAACAUUCUUGCAAUUAACUUUUUUUUAUCACUAUGUAGCUGAAGAGACACUGGUUGCUAGGAUGUUGGUCCUACAGCAUCUUUUCAACCUUAUCACUGAAAAGCAGUGACUUAUGGUGUAUCUUUGCAUUGAUGUUUGGGGGACUGAACAAAAUCAGUCAUUGGGGGGAAAAUGAACAUCUUGGCAGGAAAACCAAACAAUUAAAUUUCCUUGAUUUUUAUGCUGCUUUUUAAAAUGCUGCAUCAUGCAGUUACUUUCUGCAUAAAAUUGAAACCCAAUUUGUCUAAAAAAAUAAUUCUUAAGAUUCUGUAUACAUCAAGUGUACACCUUAUGCCUAUAUGUGCAAGUAUGCAUGUACCUAUUUGUGUUCACACUUGUAUGGUAGACUAUUGGCCUGAAAAUGUAUUUGUAUGGAAAAGUAACGACUUUAUUUUUAGUUCCCCAAAUUUGAACCUUUCAGUUGCAAAAUUUUAUUCUUUUCAAUUUUACUACUCUGCUUGUUGUUGCAUGUAUAAACACAAAUGUGUGCAAGGACACAUAUGUGUAUAUACAUAUCUAAGUUUAUACAUACAACUAUUUUUUUAACUAUGCAGUUAAUAAAGAUCGGGGAAGAUUUUUCCUUUUUUUCAAUAGGUGAAGAGAUCUUGAAGACCAGAAAUUGAAACAUUGUGUUUUAAUUAAAAAAAAAAAUUAAAUUUUCCGGCUGUGGAAGAUGGAUCUUCUUUGCAGCCAGUUUGAAACACAAGUUCAUCUUUAAAUGAACUGUUUAUUUUGAAGAGGCAAUUAACCUUCACUGUCUCCAGUCUUCCUGACCAUUCAAAUGGACUUGCUUUCUCCAGUAGUUGUAAUUCACCCUGUCUGAAUUUUGAAUGAGAGUGAGAUGUGUUCCUUGGCAAUGUGAGGAAGAAAAGUCUUUCUAUCCCAUUAUUAUCAAUUCAUGGAUUGAGUGUUGAUUCGACCUACAGGAGAAAAAUAACUGGAAGUCUUUGAAGAAGAGUUUCAUGCUGAACUUACCAAGAUUAUAUUUUAAAGAAGAUACCGGUAAAUCCAGCUUAUAGAAGAUUUUGCCAUUUUAAACCAAACUGUGAUCAGCCAUCACUGAGAGAAAAGUAAACCUGUAUUCAGACAUCACUCUCUCUUUCCGUAAGCUUGCAGGAAAGAUUCAGCCCAGUAUGUCUAACCAAGGAGAUGAUUGCUACUUUUAUUUCUACUCCACAUGUACCAAGGGGGACAGUUGCCCCUUCCGUCACUGUGAAGCAGCCCUGGGGAAUGAAACUGUCUGUGUGCUGUGGCAGGAGGGGCGAUGUUUCAGGAGUAUCUGCCGGUUUAGACACAUGGAGAUUGAUAAAAAACGCAGCGAGAUUCCAUGCUAUUGGGAGAAUCAGCCAGUAGGCUGUCAGAAGUUGAACUGUGCAUUCCACCACAACAAAGGACGUUUUGUGGAUGGGCUUUUCUUACCUCCAAGCAAGACUGUUCUAAAUGUGCCUGAGCCUACAGAAGAGGAGAUGAAAGCUACGCAGAUUUCAUUGCAACAGAAUAAACUUUCUGUUCAAUCCAAUCCAUCUCCUCAAUUGCGUGGGGUGAUGAAGGUGGAAAAUUCUGAAAAUGUACCCAGCCCAACUCAUCCACCAGUCGUUAUCAAUGCUGCAGAUGAUGAUGAAGAUGAUGAUGAUCAAUUAUCUGAAGAAGGUGAUGAAACUAAAAUGCCUGUUCAACAACCCUCUGCGGAGGUACCUAAUGGAUUGCGGAUAAUUUCUACGCGGAAAACAUCAGCUAGCACAAAGCAAGAUAAAGAUGAUAUUUUGAAUUUUGGAAUCAAAACCCUUGAAGAGAUCAAGUCAAAGAAAAUGAAGGAAAAAUCAAAGAAGCAAGGUGACGACCCCUCUGAAGUUUCUGCUCAAACUCAGACCCAUCCAGGCCCAGAGAAGGAAAAUGUACGGACUGUGGUCAGAACUGUAACUUUAUCUACAAAGCAAGGUGAGGAGCCUCAGAUUCGAUUGACUGUUGCAGAGAGAUUUGGAAAACGAAAGCUUCCUAUAGUUGCUGAGAGUGGUCUUCCCUUAAAACGCAGCCUUGCUGAAAGACUAGGAAAGAAAAUCGACUCCCUGGAGAAUGCAGACAAAAUACCAAAGAGAGUGCAAGUUCCCAGGUCUCUUAAAGAGAGACUAGGAUUACCGUCUGAGCAGAACGAUAUGGAAACAGAGAAUGCUGCCAAACCAGCAGGUGAAAUCCGUGUGAAAACACUUGAAGAAAUCCGUUUGGAGAAAGCUAGCCAAAGAAAGGGAGAAACUCAGCCCAAACCUAAGGUUGAAGUAACUUGUACCAUUGAUGAUCCCAAUCCAGUGGCAAAACCCGCUCCUACAAUCAGGAUCAAAACCUUUUCUGAGGUUCUGGCUGAGAAAAAACAGAGGCAAAUGGAAGAGGAGCAGAUAAAAGCUGAAAAAGAGAGCCUCACCAAACCAAAGCAUGAGUGUGAACCUCAGAAGCCAGGCUCUUUGGUUUCAGCUGUUUCCAGCAGAAGAAAACUAGAGGAGCCUUCUGGCAAAGCCAAGGACAUUGGGGAGGUGCACAUCAAGACUCUGGAGGAAAUCAAGCAAGAGAAAGCCCUCCGAAUGCAGCAAAGUGGGGAGAACACCUCAAAGACACAGAUGCAACCUGAACGAACUCCAGUUGGGAGGAGACUGCUAUGCAUUACAAAGCCAAUAGCCCCUGGAAGGGAAGAAAAAACAUUGCUAGAGCUGAAAUCUUCUCCAAGAAUUUCCACAGUGGAUGUCACUGCGAAGCCUUUGAAUGACGGCAUGAGCAAUUCACAUUCUAAAGUCUAUGUGAAGAGCUUAGAAGAGAUAAGGAAGGAGAAGCAACAGCUAAAAGAGCAGCAAAAGAAGCCUCAGGAGGAGCCAGUGACUGUGCCACCUGUUGGGGAAGAAUCUGUGGAAGGAAAGGCCACAGGGAUGAUAAAUCCUGUAUCCCCAGUGACAUCGGAGAAAACCCGUCUACUUACAGAGAGGUUGCUGGUGAGAUCCCAGGAGGUAGUGCCAGCGAAUGUGGCAUCAGAGGAGUCCAGACUUUCUGCUCAGCCUGUAGAACGAAGAACUAAAGCCAAACCAAAAGUGAAUAUGAAACCAUCUGGAGUGAAGCCCAUGUCACCAGUAAAGCAGACGUUGAAGCGUAAAGCAUCAGAGAGUCAUCCCUCGGUUAUUGCUGCAGUGAGGCCUCUGAGCCUCAUCCCAAGCACAGACCCAAAGGAGCUCCCAUCUGAAAACACAGCCCUGGCAAGUGCUCCUGGUCUUCCAGAAGCCACAGAAGCCACUAUUCCUGAGAGAGUGUAUGCUAACAGCUCUGAGCUGCAUACAGAUAACCAGGUAGUCUCCACAUUGCAAGCAGAGGUAGCAAGCGCAACAUCUUCACAUGCAGCAGCAAAGACGCGUAGACUGAGUUCAACAGGAGCUGGGAAGACACCCACAUCAGUAGAAGAUGACUUCGAAAAGUUGAUUUGGGAAAUCUCAGGAGGCAAACUGGAAGCUGAGAUUGACCUGGAUCCAGGAAAAGACGAGGAUGCCCUCCUGCUUGAACUUUCUGAAAUGAUUGACAGCUGAUUUUUUUUUUCAUAUAGUUGCUUUUUGAGAGAAAAUAAAAGUUGUAUAUUUUGUUGGAUAAACAAGAUUACCCCUUUCUAGCUGAGGAGAUAUGACAAGUCUUAAAGCACAUUAGAACUGGUGGAAGAAACUGGCUGCAUUUGAUUGUCCUGUAUUGCCCUGCUGGUCAGAGAGAUGUUCCUGUAUAACUGUCUUGUUAUUAUCCUGUCCACCUGAAAUGCUAUGAGAAAACCACGACCAUUUCAACUAGGGAAAAACAGAGACCAUUUAUAAUCCCACAUAGGGUCCAUUUACUCUGCCAACUCAAUGAACUUCCUGAAGAUUUUUACAGAACUGUCAUAUUUGUUUUCCAGCCACGUGGCAAAGCUCAGUAUGUGUUUCACAGCUUCCUCUUUUUUUGUGCUUUUUGAGGGUAAUUUCUGUAUUCCUGAGUUACUAUGUCAACUCUUUUAAGUUAUGCAAUUCUUUUUAAAAUUUGAUUAUAGAUCAGCAGUAUAGUUUAGAGGAAGAGAAACAUGAGUAAUCAUCUUCAUCUGAGCAUGCUGCCACAGGGUAGGUGGGACUUCAGUAUCUCUUAAUGUUGAAGAUGCUGCAAUACAUGCAGAAAGGCUAUUGAAUAGCAUGUUUGUUUUAAUCCUCCCCAUCAUUCUGUACCAUCUUGAGUGGUUUCCACUAGCAAGCAUAAACUCGUGGGACGAAAGUUAAGAAAUUCACUUCAUGUUCUGUAUUCAUUAAACAAACAAUAUUUUUAAUGCCCUAAAAGGGCAUGCAAGGUUAUUCUCAGGUUUUCUUCUUUUUUCCUGAACAGAAAGCGCAAUGGCCUACUUUGUUGAUAUUGCAUGGGUCAUCUAAAGCAGAGCUUUGGAAUGAUGCUCUCUGGCAGGUAAGCACCAGUUUGGAGUGCUUAUUCCUAUGUAUGCAAUCUCCUCUGCCAUAUCUGUAGAGUUCUCAGCUGUGGUCUUGAAACUGCCAACCUGUGAACUUUCCUUGGCACUCAUGUUCAGCACUCUGAUCCACACAACUGACCUGUUAUCUGUCAGUUUUCCAUGAACCCUGCAGUUGCACCUUUUGGAGACUUGGGUGUAUUGUAUACCCUACCAGUCUUGAUCAUUCGUACCUCCAUAUUUUAUAUGAUCACUUUUUCAUUAUUAUUGUUAUCUGUUACCUGUAUUACUCCAGCCCUGCUACUUAAACUUGUUAAGGAAUAGCAGUGGCGCAGGAUAUGUUUCUGGUUGUAUUCCUAGCAAGAGCGAAAAGUUGCUUGAUUCUGUUGUAAAUAUAUUCAGUUAAACUGGGAAAAACCUAUGCUUUGUAAUUUCACUUUGGAGUUUUGCCUCUACAGGGGAUGAUUGAAGCAAGUCUUAUUUGUAAUUUUAUUUAAAAAUGGCUGCCUUGAAUUAAGUGCUAAUCAACAUAUUGCUCCAAAGAAGUUGGAAACAAUGAUCCUCCAAUAUACUGAAGGACCUCUCACAAUAGAACUUCUGGCUGAUUGAACGAAAAUAACAGACAUUUGAGACUGUGAAAGACUUUUCCAUGUUUGCAAUAGUUCCUGUCUGCUUAAGCAGAAUGUUCUGUUUGUUGUCAGUUUUCUUCACUUUUUUGUUUUCUGUACAAGAGAUUCCUCUGGGCUUUUAUAUACUCCAUUACUUUAUGUACAUCUUAGUCUUUUUUGUUUUCUAUUUAAAUCACUGUAUCUGAAUCAGACAUGUUUACCAUUACUUUAAACAGUCUAUAAGACAGAAGUAUUUGUGCUUUAAAUAAAGCUAAUGUAAGAAAUGUGUUUCAGUGUUUUAUUUCCUGUGUGUGGUGCAGAAUAGGA